AUGACUAUCUCUUUCCGUCUUUAUCACAGAUCCUUAGAGCCGACCCCGAGUGGAGUUUUAAAGUCCCCUGUGGACCUGUUAGGCUCUGCCAGUAGCACUGGCGCAUCAAGUUUAGUGAGCACUCCGUUGGCGUCCACAAGCCCCGACAGCAUAACGAAGCAUGGAGUCAGUCUGCCAAACGGCUUAUCCAACCCAUAUUGCUUAUCUACCGAUUCCAAUCGUCUCAUGCCCAACACUUCAGCCAGUGUGACUAUCUCUGCAGUAGCCAAGUCUUUAGUUCUGCCCCACACUUUCUACCCACAUUCUACCACACCUUGCUUUGCUGCUGCCGGUCGUCCAUUUGUGGAAGUUACGCAAGGGAAAGAAGGAGAACUUGGGAUCCGAUGCGGCCAAAAAGUAGAAAAUGAGGAUUAUGAGACGAAGCGAUCAGUUGGGCCAGAAUCAUACUCUGCAACAAAAGUCAUAGAAGAUAAUAUAGAUGAGGAGGAAUUUGACGAGGUUGCCGAAGAUGAGGCACAGUUGAACCUAGAGUCAAGCCUCUCAUCUACAGUCCAACACAGACAAGAUUUUGCCGUUAGUCCCCAUCACCUAUCUGGUACUUUGGGCACUCAACUGUCCAGGCCAGAAGGAAGGCAGCCUGCUUCCUCUACCCUAGGCCUUGUCAGGCCUCAUUAUAGCUCUCAUUCUCAGCAGCGUCACCACCAUUGCUCUCCCCGUCCGAUUCCAACUCUUGAGGGAGUCGGAAAUGCUUGUCACUCCGUCUGGCCAUGA